GCACACAACAUAGGUUGAACUGUUUUUCCCUCUUGUUUAUCAUCAAAAACCUGAUAAACUCUAGUCCCUCGUGUACCCAACACCUUAUUAAACCAAGUUAUCGCCGUUUUUGGCACUGUGGGGCCUCCAAAUCCCUCUAUAUAUUAACAGUGUGCUUGCUCAUACUCUUCAUGAGCACCACCAACUACCCUUUUGAUUUUGUGUCCCACCCUGCAUCUUAGCAGAGCCACUCUGGUUACCACAAUGUCCUUGCUACCUUCCUCUUUCUUCCACAUGGUUUCUCUCUUCUCUUUUCUUUUAUUCUCAAUCGUGAUUCGUUGUAGUACUGCUCAGGGUCCACCUUCCCCUGGCUACUACCCUAGUUCCAAAAUUAGUCCUGUUACCUUUGGUGAGGGAUUUAAAAACCUUUGGGGACCUCAGCAUCAGAAACUAGACCAAGACUCAUUAACAAUCUGGCUUGACACUUACACAGGGAGUGGAUUCAAGUCACUUCACUCUUACCGAUCUGGAUACUUUGGUGCUGCGGUUAAGCUUCAACCUGGUUAUACAGCAGGAGUCAUAACAUCUUUAUACCUUUCAAACAACCAAGACUACCCGGGAAACCAUGAUGAAAUAGACAUUGAAUUCCUUGGUACCACGCCAGAUAAGCCAUAUGUCUUGCAGACAAAUGUGUACAUCAGAGGAAGUGGAGAUGGGAACAUUAUAGGGAGAGAGAUGAGGUUUCACCUUUGGUUCGACCCAACGGAAGAUUUUCACAACUACGCUAUUCUAUGGGAACCCAGUGAGAUCAUCUUUUUGGUGGAUGAUGUCCCAAUAAGAAGGUAUCCUAGGAAGAGUGAUGCCACGUUCCCCACAAGAGAAAUGCAUGUGUACGGAUCCAUAUGGGAUGCUUCUUCAUGGGCUACAGAGGGUGGAAAAUACAAAGCUGAUUAUAAAUACCAACCCUUCAUUGGUCAAUACAAAAAUUUCAAACUUGAAGGUUGUACCACCGAAGCCUCCACCUCUUGCCAGCCACCUUCAGCCUCACCUUUAGGCUAUGGAAGCCUGAGCUCUCAGCAACUUGCUGCAAUGCAGUGGGUCCAAAACAACCACUUGGUCUAUGACUAUUGCCAUGAUCCUGGGAGAGACCACACCCUUACUCCAGAAUGUUAAUUAAAGUUUAAGGAAAAUACUUUCAUAAAUUUUAAUGGACAACUGCAAAUUUCAACAUACAGAAACAAGGAAUAUCUUGUUGCUUUGAAAAUAAAAUUAUUUCGAACUCUCUCCCAACUUAAAAAUCAUUGGUUUGGUUGAGGUUGGUAUGUUUCAAAGUUACUUUUUUACUUUUCGUACUACCAAAAGGGUUUGUUCAUGGGGUGGAUUCUGUGAUGGUCCCACUUGCUAAUGGUAAGUGUAAUUGAAACAACAGUGAGCGUCCAAGCCCCCCAGAAAAGAUUGUGAUGUUUUUGUUGUUUCUGUAAUUGUGUUGUUUGUGUCCCCACAAAAGAUUGUGAUGUUUUUGUUGUUUCUGUAAUGUGAUGCACUGUUGUUUAGUCUUUUUCCUGUUGAAAUAAAUCUAUUUGGAUGUUUUCCU